CCUCAUCCACAGGUCCCAGGGCGCUCCCCUGAUGGGACGGCUCCUAAAUGUCUUAUCGAGACAAUCACCUGCCAUGUUUAAUGUCAAGAAAAGUGGUUGUUGGGCGUUUGCCAUCACGGUAUAUCAGCCGGGCUGCAGGCUGUUUAAAAAAGCAAUGCAAAAGCAAUCAUAAUCUGAAUAGGUAUUAAGAAUGCCUUAAGUACGUCAGUGUGUGUACAUGUGUGUAUGCCCUGUGGGGAGGUAUAGUUUAAACUCUGAGCAGGAUUUAGCAUUUGUAUACUAUGGCUAAACAAAAUGUCGCUGAUCAAUAAUUAACCAAUAUUCAAAUAUCACAGAUAAAUAUUUAACCAGUAUGCAAACAACCGUAAUUACAUCUAUUACUUCCAGUGCAAGGUAUUGGAGGUCUGCUGUAAUUCCUUAUUCACACUUACAGCAAAUCAGACACUCCCCCCACACCACAAUCAGCGUAAUGGAGCUUGGUCGUCCAGCCUGUUAUUACAGUCAGAGCAGAGUAGAGAGCUGCUAAUGAGCUCAGCUUCCCCUCCAAAUCGCUCCGUGCCUUUAAUCCUUCCAAAGUCUUUUGACGUUGUACUUCACCACCUCUGGUGAUUGGAAGAGUUCACAGCUCAGAUGCCAUCACCCACAGCAGAUGCAUCUCACCAAAAUCAAGGUCAAAAUCCGUCGGUUGGUUCGGAUCUGAGAGAUGUCAAUUGUCUUGUACGCCCUGCCCCAACCCACCUCCAAUCCUGCCCCAAACAAGCCAGACGCAAUUACUAUUCUGCUUGAAGAUGUGUUUGAAAAAACAUUCAAAAUAGUAAGUGUCAUGAUUGAACUAAGUUACUCCGAGGAAGAUGGCCGUCCCCGGCCCUUUGUGUUGGACGUGGCGUGUCGCUACACACUGGGGCUCAUUAAUGAGGUAACCAGGCGCUGGCCAUCACUCAACUCAACCAUAAUACGGGGGCUUAAUGAGCUUGCAGUGGGCGAUCAAAUAGGGAUGACAGUGCAGAUACGGUGGGUUUCUGGUUCUCCUGGACCGCGCUACGACAGCCCGUUAACCAGUCUCCGCGGUGCUUACUGGGCCCAUAGACAAAGGCACUCACUCUUUCUCCAUAAUGGAUGUUAUCAUUCUCUCCCGGGCUGGUUCUCUCUCUGUCUUUCUCUCUCUCUCUCUCUCUCUCUCUCUCUCUCUCUCUCUCUCUCACUCCCACUCUCACUCUCACUCUCACUCUCACUCUCACUCUCACUCUCUCUAUAACUAUAACUAUAACUCGAUGGGAGCCUCCCUCCUGUAGUUUGUCGGCACUGCUGUGUUGUUAAUACGGUUGGGGCCUUUGUAUCAGUGCACAUAUACGUAUACAUAUGCGUGAAGAUGUAUCUCCCGGUUGCGAUGGCUGCGAUUGAAUUGUUCUUCAAUUCGAUUCAAAAACCUCUGUGCAACCUCACUGCAUCGCAGAUGAUCCAAUCAGGGGGUCCGUGGGAGCUUUACCCCCGCACCCUCGGUAGCAAAGGAACAGAAAGCCGGUCGGGUCAGGCGCGAGCCGAUUGCCAGGCCAGGGCACAGCAUCGAUCGCCCGGGCUCAGGUGAUUGGCCACCUGUCACAGAAGCCACAGAACCACUCUGUCUUGGCUAAGAAGGAGGAAUGGAGGAGCGAGAAGUGCAGCGGGCCGGUAAUCACAGAGAGAGGCGAGGAGGUGGGGGCAGGAAGGCCAAAAAUCAGGAGAUCGGGGGGGGCGAGGGAAGGGCGGGCUAAGAGUGUGAAGAUAUGGGCCGUUGUUUCAGAGGAAAUCAUUUGCUGUGUCUACUCCCCAGGGGAAAGCUGUAGUGUCUCCAUGAUGGAAGUCUGUGAACUCGUUCCACAAAACAGAGUAGCUCCCUCAGUAAAACAAGACUUUUCCAUCAGCCCACCUGUACUUGUGACUUGAUCACUCCUGUGUCUCCUGUUGAUAUCGAUAUAUACCCUAUUAGAGUUGUGAGAGGGAACGGAACGGAAGGACAGAGCCGCUGUGAUGAAAGGGGACGGGGGGGGAGGGAGUGGGAGUGAGAGAGAGAUGACACGACGGUUAGUAAAGGAGACAUGGUGGACGAGAUGGGGCAGGGAGUGAUGAGUAAUCGGGGCUGGCGAAAGGCGCGGGGCGGCUGGGCAACGGGCUACAAGGGAUUUACGGGGAAGGCGGACAUAAAUGGAGACCCGAUGAGCGAUGGCCCUGGUGAUGUAACAGAGCUUCUCCCAAAGAGCUUUUCAAAAAGCCUAUUUUUCUCGAGGAGGCGAGGAGGCAGUAAGGGGCUAGGUGAAAGGAGGAGAGACACGGAGCGUAUGUCCGAGCCGGAUGGUCAAAUUGUUUCCAUGCUCAAAUCUGUCUGUGCACGAACAACAACAACUCACGACCACAGCCCUUCGGCAAACUGCAGUGGUCAGCAACUCUGUGCCGGCAACAUCUUGUAUUUCACACACACGCGUGCGCACACACACACACACACACACAAAUCCUCACUUUGGCA